AUGGACGAUUCAAAAGUGAUCUCUUCAAAGGUCUCUUUGAUUUUGGACCUCCCUCCCAGUUGCAUACAGUCUUGCCCCGUGCAUCCUGAUUUGUUUGUGGUGGGAACUUACAAUCUUGAAAAAAACGAACAAGACAUCCAAGAGAACAAACAAGACAGUGACGAUGAUGAGGUUGUAACAGCGACCAAAACACCACAAAGCCGCAAUGGUAGUCUCUUAGUAUACAGGGUAGAUGGUGCUGAACUUCGUCUAGUCCAGACAGUUUCACAGCCAUCGGCUAUUUUGGACCUCCGCUUUCAUCCUGGCAAAGAUCUAGGAGAUAUUCUAGCCGUGGUAUCAAGCACUGGGACACUGGCUGUGUUCAAGUUGGACCCCACAAAGAACGCAUCAUCGCCCCUGCAGCACAUCUCGACAAGCAGAUGUGACGAUAUUGGAGAAGAUAUCUUGUUCCUACAAUGCAAUUGGUAUCCAGAGAUGCCAGAUAUGAUUGGUGUCACGACAUCGACAAGCGCUGCGCGGUUGUUGCGCUUGGAUAAGGAGUACAGAAUCACCGAGUAUGCUGAUUUGAACAUUCCCAAUUCACUCGAAGCUUGGUGUAUUGCCUUCUCAUCCAGAAAACCCCACCCGGACCAAGAUAAGGUACAGGUCACAGCCUACUGCGGUGGGGAUGACUCUAUGCUUCGUUAUACCUCUUGUAUUUCGGAUCUCAGCGAGUCUGAAGCUUUAUGCGAAGAACCUUAUUCGCCCAUCACCAUCAAGGGAACGCACAACGCAGGAGUUACAGCAAUCCUCCCGCUUCCAUUGCUGAUGAAGAACAAUGGGAGAGUGGUUGUAACUGGCAGUUAUGACGACUAUCUUCGUGUUUUCAUAAUACAUGAUCUGCAUGAGACAUAUGGCAUGAAGAAGGUUGAGCUAGUGCUCGAAGAGAAUAUGGGAGGCGGCGUCUGGCGUCUAGAUUUGGUCAAGAUCCAAGAGGGCAUAGAGUCUACCAAACUCAGGAUUCUUGCUUCAUGCAUGCACGCAGGUGCGAGAAUUGUUGAUUUAGAGGUUAGAGAUGGGGAUGAUUGGACUUGCAGGGUGUUGGCAAGGUUUGAAGAGCAUAAGAGUAUGAACUAUGGAAGUGACUUUGUGCGGGACACGGAUGGAGGAGAGAGGUUGCGAUGUGUGUCGACUAGUUUCUAUGAUAAGCUCCUCUGUCUUUGGGAGUAUGAGCCAUAG